AUGGCAUCCCAGCAGGAGUUGAGAAAUUUUUAUGUUGGCAAAGACGUUGGGGGUGUACCCAAGCCUGCCCUCGUUCUCGAUGCCGCGAUUAUCAGAAAGCAUUGUCAAAGGAUGAUUCGCACCGUGAAGGAGUUGGGUGUCGAUUUUAGAGCGCAUGUCAAGUCUCAUAAAACCGCCGAGAUUGCCAACAUGCAAGUUGACGAUAAGGAUCUGGAGGGAAAUUUCAUCGCGUCAACCAUCCUUGAGAUUGAGACACUAGCCCCUCUCCUCAGGAAGCUCAGAGCAGAGCAUCGUGCGGUCAAUAUCCUCUACGGCAUCCCAUUAGUACCAUCGCAGGUGACCCGGUUGGCUAAAGUGGCCCUGGAAGUGGGCGAAGGAAGCACCUCUGUGAUGAUCGAUCAUCCAGAUCAAGUAGCCUACCUUCCUCAGUUUUUUGCCAUCACGAAUUUCCCAGUAGGUAUCUUUAUCAAAGUUGACACGGGUUACCAUCGGGCGGGGCUGCCACCUACUGCAUUGAACAAGAAUGGGCUACUUGAGACGCUCGCGGACGCAGAGAAACUGGGACACGCAAAGCUUCUAGGCAUUUACUCUCAUAGCAGUCUCAGCUACAGCGGCACAACCCCGAAGGAAACGAUGGAACAUCUAAUCAAAGAAAUCGACGGCUGUAAAGAAGCAUUACAACAUCACCUACAGCUAUUCCCCCAGAGACAACUAGUUAUUAGUGUUGGGGCAACUCCCCAAGCAUUAUCGUCGCAAAAUCUGCUCCAAAACGGCUACUCAAGCCCCGAGAUGGAAGCUUUGAGGGACUUGCUAGCAAAUCCCUUUGCAAAUGAUCUGGAUGCGAAGGUGAAGAUCGAAAUUCAUGCUGGGGUAUACCCGCUGCUUGAUAUGCAGCAAUUGUCAACAAAUACCAGCAUUCAGAUGCAAGGCCCAGAAGACGAGAUUGCUAUCUCAGUGCUUGCAGAAGUCUGUAGUGUCUACAACCAUGGCGAGAGGCCUCGCCCAGAGGCGCUUCUUGCGGCUGGAACACUGGCUCUCGGAAGGGAACCGUGUCCAAGCUACCCCGGUUGGGGGGUAAUAUCUUCUUGGCGACAGCCACCUCCAGUCUCAUCUGCUCGUCUGAUUGUGGAGCGUAUCAGCCAAGAGCACUCCAUCAUUUCUUGGGACAGCGAAAAGGCCGAUUCAACCGGCGUUCCCUUAUCUGUGGGACAGGUAGUGAAAGCCUAUCCAAACCACGCUUGUGUCGCGACCUCAUUCUACAAUUUUUACUUUGUGGUAGACUCUGACCAGGAUCCAGAGGCAGCAAGAGUCGAGGAUGUUUGGGUAAGGGCGAGCGGUAGUGAUAUUACGGAGGCGCUUUUACUUUCACGAGCUCAGUAG